UUCUUGGUCAGUGUUUUGAGAUUUGAGAAUUUCGUGGCGGAUUAGUUCGGAAAUGAAGAGACUAGAAGACGAUGGUGGCUCCUCACAAUCCAAGCAGCCGUCUUGUUCUUUGAGUGGAGACUCGAAAGUUUCUUUCUAUGAAGUGAAGGAAACGUUUCAAGACCAAAAAGAGAAAUAUGAAGAGUUUCUUAAGCUCAUGGAUGAUUUUGAAGCUCAAAGAACUGAUACUGUUGGCUUCAUUUCCAAAGUGAAAGAAUUAUUUGAAGGGCAUGCUAACUUGAUUUCUGGGUUUAACACCUUUUUGCGAAAGGGGUAUGGAAUAACCUUUGAGGAUGAUGAGGCUGCUCCACCAAAGAAACAGCCGUCUGGUUCUUCACCUGAAGACUUGUAAGUUUAUUUCUCCGUACUCUUUUCUCUUUUUUUGUUUUUACAGUUGUUCCUUUGUUCUGUUUGAUUUGCUAGAAAAUGUUUCGUGCGAGGGUAGAUUUUUUUCUUUUUUUAAAUUUUAAACGUCUCUAAUGUUUUUGCUUGGUGAUUUUUUAUAUGAUGGAAUUUUCUGAAUUUUUUUGAGGGAAAAGAAAUAUGGGUUAUAUUUCUGUUCUAUUGUUUGAAUUUGAAUCAUGCUCUUGGCUGGUUUUGUAAUGGGUUCUGCUUGUUGUAAUUGGAUUUUUAUUUUAGACAAGUUUUCAUGUGAGAAUUUUUUAAGUGGUUUGUGACAAAUGAAAUAUUAGAGCGUUUUAUUUUUGUGAUUAGUUUGUGUAGAAUUCAUCACCAACUUUAGUUUGGACGGUGAAACAUUUUUCAUGUGUUAUUUGUUUGCAUAUUAGGGACAAUAGCUUAGGCUAGGCGAAGAGAAGUUCAAGAAGCAAAUGUGUUGCCUUUGUUGACUUUUCUUUUACCAAGUUUUUCUACAUUUUCAACACGAAGGUUUGUAGGAGUUAAUGGCUUGUUUUUUUAAUAUAAAGGCCUUCUACGGAUUUUAUCCAGCAUCCAAAAAGAAGAGUGUAGUAGUCCAAUAAGUGUCGUUUCUACAAAGAGUAGUAUUUAACAAGUGUAAGGGAAAUAGCAAGAGAGAAAUAGUGAAAGUAGCAUGCGUAGCAAAGUGUGUGUACUGUAUUAAGCAUCAAUAAAACUUCUAUUUUAAUAAUAACUCAUUUGAGUAUUCUAUUUGAGUGUGGUGAGAUUUAUCACAAAGUAUUUGACAAGAUACUUUCUCUUUUAGUGUCAAAUUUAUUUUGACAAAGCUUCUGAAGUGGCAAUUCUCUACAGUUUGCCGUUGAAAUUGACCGAGUGUCAUGCUAUCAGCAGAAAGUAAUAAACUUUUGAGGGCACAUUUAUAGGUUGUGAUUUAUCAAACAACUUUGCUAUAGAGUCUGGGAUGAAUUGUGGUUGUACUAAUAUUUUGAACAUAUACAUAUACAUACAUACAUAUAUAUAUACAUAUAUAUA